AUGCCUCCGGUGUUGCUCAAGCUCUCGAUGCUGCUCUUCUUUGGGUGGUUGUGCAGUGAGACAAAAGCACAGGACCGAACGUUUGUGGUGGUGGCUCCUCUCUCCUUCAGGCUGGAUGCCAUGGAGAGGGUGGUGGUGCAGGUGUUUGGCUUCACAGAAACCGUACCUGUGUCCGUGUUUGUGAGGAAGAGCAUGGCCGACCCUCCCAUACAGCAGCAGGAGGUCGUCCUCACGGCCGCCAACCACCACAUGGGGGAAGCGCAGAUACGGCUGUUCCCGAAGGAUGUGGACGACAGUAUGGACCAUGUGAUCCUCCACGUCCGAUCAGGGAGCUUCAACCAGCACGUGUCUGUCCGUCUGAGCCGCACCAAUGGUUUCCUCCUUGUGCAGACUGACAAGCCUUUGUACACGCCCAGGCAACCAGUGAAGGUGAGGGCCUUCUCUCUGAACCAGGAGCUGAGACCGGCUGACCGCAGCGUCUUCCUCACAUUUAGGGACCCAGACUAUGAGAAGGUGGAUGUGGUGGAGGUGAAGGAUGUCAGUAAUGGCAUGCCAUCACUGCAGAACCCCUUCAAGGUCCCCAUCAAUCCCAAGCUGGGAAUAUGGACCAUUGAGGCGUCAUACAUGGAGCACUUUGAUACAAGAGCCAGAACCACGUUUGAAGUCCGAGAAUACGUGCUGCCGAGUUUCACAAUCCUGAUCGAACCUGAACGCAACUACGUCAGCCACAACAAUUUCAAUCGCUUCCAUAUCAAAGUGUCGGCCAAGUAUCUUCAUGGGGCCCCUGUGGCUGAGGGGGAGAUGUUUCUACGUUACGGUUACGUGAGUCUGUCGUCCCCAGUAAUCAUCCCCAGCUCCAUCACACAACAGCAACUGUCGUCUACAGGAGAGUGGGAGGCCUCUGUGAACCUGCAGGAUAUCUUCUCCAGACACAGUGACCACAGGACUCUGGCCGAGCUGAAGGACACGUACCUGUACAUCGCUGUGCUGCUCCGGGAAGUAAACGGGGGCAUCAGUCAGGAGGCAGAGCUCGGGUCAGUGAAGUUUGUUCAGAGUCCAUUCACUCUUGGUCUGGUGUCCACUCCACUUUUCAUCAAACCAGGACUACCCUACUAUAUACAGGUGCUGGUGAAGGACCACCAGGGGGCGCCAGUGAGUGGUGUGCUUGUUCAGUUGGAGAAAAAACAGAUGCGCAGAAGAGGAGCUGGGCCCGAACUUUUCUGUUCAGAAACGGCCACGAGUGGGUCUGAGGGUAUUGCUCUCAUUGUCUGUAACAUCCAGAUGGACAUACUCUCUAUUGACCUGCAGUUCUCAACUAAGGAUUCUACACUGCCAGCAGCGAGCCAAGCCUCUCUGUCCCUGAAGGCCCAGUCCUACGAGUCUCCAAACGCCCGUUUCCUCUACAUUGAUCCCACCCCGAUCAGGAGCCCGGUGGGGACCUACGUACAGAUCCCAUUGUACUCUGUGGCCCCGCCCUACGUGUCUGUCAGGUCCCUCAACUACCUGAUCCUGUCAAAGGGUAAAAUAGUGACAUUUGGCACAAUGCCGUUCACCAAGACUGCGGGGAACAAGCACGCGCUAAGUUUCCAGGUCACUGCAGAGAUGGUGCCCUCUAUCAGGCUCCUGGUGUACUACAUGCCUUACGGAGAGACGACCACGGAGCUGGUGGCUGACGCAGUCUGGCUCAACAUCCAGGGAGACUGUGUCAACGGACUACAGACGGAGCUGAAAACCCGAGCGUCGCACUUCAAACCGAAGCAGAACCUGAACAUGGAAGUAAGCGUGAAUCAGGACGGCUUCAUCGCCAUGACAGCAGUGGACACGGGCCUCUAUAGCCUGCGGCCCAACUACAAGGAUCCAAUCAACAGGGUUCUCCGCCACAUUGAGAGUGCAGACCAAGGCUGCGGAGGAGGAGGGGGGAGGAAUGCUGCAGAUGUCUUCAGACUGGCAGGACUGAGCUUAAUCACCAACGCUGUUUCUGGACAGACAUCCCCUGAGCCUUGCACUGCCUUCGUCCGAGCAAAACGAGCCAUUUCAGAGGAGAUAAAACAGAAGAUAUUGGCCCAGUACAAACAUCCUACCAUUGCACAGUGCUGUAAGAAUGGGAUGGGAUACUCUCCCACCUUCAUGAACUGUGAACAGUAUGCUGACAAUAAGUAUGCAAAGUAUACAAAAUGCCGUGAUGCCUUCAGGGACUGCUGCUUGUUCAUUCAAAGAGAACUCAAUAAUGGAUUAUUCCUGGGCAGAGCAGAACUGGGAGGAGAUUUUGAUCAAGUUCCAACUCUGGUGAGGAGCUCUUUUCCAGAAAGCUGGCUCUGGCAAGUCCGGCAAAUAAAUCGUGGGUCCUUAUCUCUGAUGGAGCAGCUGCCUGACUCCUUAACCACAUGGCACAUCAAAACUGUGGGACUGUUCGACAAUGGUAUCUGCGUGGCCAAAACAGUGGAAGUCUCUGUGAACCUGCCUCUGUCCGUGGACGUGCCGCUGCCGUAUCAGAUUGUGAGAGGCGAACAGGUCGAGCUGCAAGGCUCUGUGUACAACCAGCUCAGCGACACCAUCCAGUUCUGUGUGACCCUGAGUGUAGGACCAGAGCUGUGCCUGGCUCACUCUGAAGCUGCAGCAGACAGCUCAAAGCAGCGCUCCUCUGCCUGCGAGUCCAGGACGGUCUCUGCUGGAGGAGUGGUAGAAGUGCGCUUCACGCUGAUGGCACUGGAGGUGGGCAAACACACACUCACGUUUACCCUGUACGAAGCCCCUGUCGGGAAAAGAAGCAAAGGCCCUUUGAGGCCCCUGGACACGCUGGUUAAAGUCCUCAAUGUUGUGCCUGAAGGGGUGCGGAAGGAGGUGAUGGUCGGAGGACGCCUGGACCCUCGUGGACUCUACGGUUCAGAGAAGAUGAAGGUAGAACUGAUUAGUGCACUGCCUCAGAACAUCGUCCCAAACACCGAGGUCGAGAGGAUGCUCACUAUCAAUGGUGAGAUCCUGGAUGAGUGGGUGUCAGUGGUGGACAAUCCUGAGGGCCUGAAGAAGCUGCUGUCUCUUCAGGACGGCAGUGCGGAAUCGGAGCUGGGAGGAGUGCUGCCCUUGCUCCACGUCUAUCAGUAUCUGGAGGUCACGGGACGCUGGCUCAUCCUGGGGCCUGAUGUCAAGAAGAACUCUGAGCAGCUCAAGGACCGCAUCCGCAAGGGUCUGGCAGGGGUGAGCUCAUUCAGAAAGAAAGACUUCAGUUACAGCAUGUUCCUGAACAAAGAGUCCAGCACCUGGGUGACUGCUCUGGCUGUGCAGACCUUGGCGAUGGUGGACGAGAUUCUGCCAGUGGAUCGCGACUCUUUGGCAAAAUCUGUGAACUGGUUGAUUUACAAUAGCAAAAGACCAGACGGCUCCUUCCAAGAAACAUCCCUCUACAAACCCAACAAGAUCAUGGCCCUACCUGAUGACGCUGUGGAUAAGUCAGUUUACCUCACAUCGUUUGUGAUCAUUGCACUGCACAAAGCCACCAGAAUUCAAACAGACAACUUGCAAGUUCAGAACCAGGAGGACAGCAUACAGGCAGCAAUGAAGUUUGUUCAUGCAAAUAUGGAUGCUGUGCAGAAGGUUUAUGUGCUGUCAGUGGCUGCGUACGCCUUCACGCUCCACGACCCUGAUGCCCUCACCACCAACCAACUCCUGGAGCGCCUGGAGGGAGUGUCCAAACAGAAGGGAAAUCCUCCAGAGCUGAGGUACUGGCAGGAGCCGGGGGUGCACACGGAGUGGCUCAAACCGGACCAGAGCAGCGGACAAACGGUGGAGACCACAGCCUACGCUAUGCUCAGCUUCCUCCAAAAGGGCAGGUUUCAGUACUGCAACCCUAUUGUGACGUGGCUGACCCAGGACCAACACUACGGAGGAGGGUACGCCAGUCUCCAGGACACACUGAUGGCGCUUGAGGCCGUCACACGGUACUGUCACCGAGUGCCCAGAGCAGAACUGGACCAGAACAUCCGGAUCCACUUCAGCCGACAGUCCAACCUGGAUCGAGAAGUACACCUGACCACCAGAGCCCCAGUCGCCUCCCCCAUAGAGAACAUCCGGAUCCACUUCAGCCGACAGUCCAACCUGGAUCGAGAAGUACACCUGACCACCAGAGCCCCAGUCGCCUCCCCCAUAGAGAUUACUAAGAACAGCGCCGUGACUGUGAGCACAGCCUUUGGUCGUGGCGUCUCUCAUGUCAAGCUGAAGACUGUUUAUUACCAGUCUAUUCCACCUCAGCAAAACUGCGACUUCGACAUCAAACUGGAGAUGCUCAAAUCGGGCUCCAGCGACCCAAGCCUGAGAGCUCCUCACCUGGUCGCCUGUGCACAGUACAAGCCGCCUCCUGGCCAACCCAAAGACUCUCUACUCACAGUGAUGGAGAUCCAACUGCCCACAGGCAUCGAGUCCUUCCUGGACGACAUGCGCCCUCAGAGGGAUGGAGACGACCCCAUCAUCGCCUCCUACAGUCUCACCAACAGAACUGUGGUCAUAAGAAUAUACACUGUGCCCUCAGAUCGCUUCAUCUGCGUAGGAUUCCGGAUCAGAAGUGCCUUUGUUGUGGGAGGAACCAGCGAUACUGUUUUUACUGUGUACGAGGAACAGAACAGAGGGGACAAAUGUAAAAAGGUGGUCACAGAUCAGGAGCAAAAGAUCCACAGGUUGUGUCACUUCGACCAGUGCCAGUGCAUCACUGCGGUUUGCUCAACCUUCAGGGGAACUGUAGACACUACUGUGACCUACGAGAAACUCAAACAAGAGAUUUGCCGUCCGCAGGUCAAAUAUGCCUACAAAGUGCAGGUGACUAACAUUGCUUCAGAGGGAGACUUUUUGACUCACACAGCCACCGUAGUCGAAGUCAUAAAGAGCCAAUCAGAGUUUGCUGCAGUGAGCGGAGGGGCUGAGGUGGACUUCAUAAAGAAAACCACCUGUAACACUGUGGACAUCCAGAAGGGGCAGCAGUACCUCCUCUCUGGCUCCUCAGGCAUCGAGGUGGUCCACAACCAGGAUUACAGGUUCCGGUUCCCCCUGGACCAUGAGGCCAUGGUGCAGUCGUGGCCCUCAGACUGUGUGGAGCAGUGUGCCGAGCUGGCCAAAUUUGCCAUACUGGCUCAGAUCGACCAGUGCUAG